AUGGUAUUGCAGAACGAGAGCAAAUCGGCACAGGGGCUGGUACCCAGAAACGACGGCGGUAAUGGUGACAGCAUUGGCAGCGAUAGCAGCAUGGACAACGACAUGAAUGGCAGGUCCUCCGAAGCAGGUCACCCACCCACAUCGACCGGCGGGUCAUCCACGCAUGGUGGAGGAAGUAGCGGAGGUGUAGGAGGAGGAGGAGGAGGCGGCGGAAGUGGAACUAUCCUGCCCUCGAAUGGUGGCAGUGGGGAGAGAAUCUCACACGAACAGCCCGUGAUCAAGCGGCAGCGAAUAGAGCAGCAUGAUCGUGUAAAUAGUAGAGAAUCUGGAGGAGUAGGUUUAGGGUUAGGUUUAGCAGGAACCACCGGUGUUCAGGUGGGAAGCAGCCCGAGCAGUAGAAGCAACGGUGUGACAUCGACGACACCGGCAAGCUCGAGCGGAAAUUCGUCCAACGCAUCGUCAGCAUGCUCAUCGUCGACGUCACUCUCAUCCUCGCCAUCCUGCUCCUCGACGAAGCUGGUACCAUCCUCGGUGGACCACUCGUCGGAUGAUGAGCAACAGAUGCAGCAGCAGCAGGAGCUGCACCAGCAACAGUUAUUGAGCACAACCUCCCUCUCAACGUCGGAGCUGGAAUCGCACGGUGCGAUGGCACAUCCGGAUCCCGCACCGAGCGAUUAUCAUGCCUUGUUUCAGGAAGCGAUUGGCCGGCAGUGCCUUUGCACGGUGGAUUCAAGCGUGCUGCUGAUGUCCUUUAAACCACACCACCUGUACAGUCACACGGUUCCAGCGAACGGUGUGAUUGACGCUGCUCCGCUUUCGGAAUGGCCGUUCGAGCAUUUGCUAAAGUUUCUGUCGAACGUGCAGCUGCUGUUCGAUACGUACUUGAAGCAGAACAUCAAGGGGAACAUCUGUGCGGGCGUGAUGGAGCUAUGCAACUACCUGAUCCGCAGUGACGAUCAUCCGCAUCUACAACAUCCGCACUUGCAGGUGUACCGCGUCAGCAGUCCUUCGUUUGCCGGUUUUCCAGCGCUCGAUAUCGACGAGCUAAUCGAGUUGUGCAGUUGUAACAGCAAGUAUAUCAGCUACCUCGCGGGGCGCAUCCUGUCGUCCUUUCUGAUCAUCGUGAAGGACGAUCCGGAUGACGAUCGGUGGUUGGAGAAGCUCGUCGCUAAUCUGUUCAACUUUGGGCAUCUGGAUUUGCAUGCGGUGCGCAAAAUCAGCGCUAGUCUCGAAGUGAUCAAGCGAAUCGUCGAGUGGAAGGACGAAACGGAACAUCCGCUCGAGGAUACUGUGGCGGGAGCGAAUGGAGCGGGUGCCGGCGGUAGUGGUGGUGCUGGUAAUGCUCCCAGAUCCGGUGAAUGGCCACCGACGGGAGAAAAUUCAGCUGGCAGUAGUUCGGUGGGCGCACAAGCUGGAACCAUGUAUGGAGCACCUUCGCUUGCGGAUAAUUACUUCGCGACGCAUUAUUCCUCCCACCAGUACGAGGGAGAUGGUGCGGCCAGCAACAUUUUCAACCCUACCGGUGCGCCGGCAAGUGAAACGACAUCGUCGUCGACCUCUUCGACGGAUUCGGGGUCUUCCACGUCCAAAGCAUCGGCGCCACCGGUGCCAUCUAGUCAAGGUACGCUUACAACAACCCACCAUCUAUUGCCGGAAGGCGAAUCCAUGGCGUGUCGGUACAUCACCCUCACCGAUUCGGAGAGUUUCGACACGACACGCAUCAAGUUCGAAACGAUUAACAUCCUCGGUGGCAAGUGGUCUGCGCUUGUCAAGCACAUCAGCUCGUUGAUACGGGCCCAAGCCAACAGCUCGAACCUGGCGGUGAUGGUGGCCACCGAGACGUGCAUCCUGACGUUUCUGCGGCUAUGGGAGAGCAUAAUCAGCGUGAAAGCGAACCUGUCCGUGGUGGAGACGCAACCGUUCCACUCGCAACUCGAUAACUUCCAGUUGCUGCUGCUCGUCACGAAAAAUGCCGUCAUUUACCGGCAAAUGUUGACGCUUUUCAAUGAGGCGCUUUGUUACGGUUCAACGCUCGCCCUGCAGGAUCUAAUCCCGGAGGAGGUUGGCAGCCUGGCGCACAACAUCGUACGCUCCGUCAAGGACUACCGGAUACUGGACAAGAUGCCGAAAUCGUCCUACAGUAAUCAUCUCGGUUUUCUCGGCUACCAGGGCGAGCGGAUCCGCUACCAGGACAAGCGGCUAGACCGGUUAGACGAGCCGGAGGAAAGUAGUGCCGCAGAUGCCGUUGCCCACCAGCAGCACCAUCAUCAUCCAGUAGCAACACCCGAGACGUGCUACGAUCGCACGUUGCUGCAAAAAAUGGCCCUGCUCGUGCUGAAGGCGGUCGCGGUGAUCGUGAAAGAGAUCCGGUGCGAUUCGAGCGACUCGAGCGUGGACAGCAGCGACUUCGACAUGCAGGAGAUCCAGAUGAUCGAGCGCAGCAUCCGGGACGUGGUGAAAAAGCUCGAAACGUUUCUGAAGGCGCAGCUCGAGUUCCACCCGGAGAGCCACUUCAGCAAGGUGCUGAUACACCUGUUCGACGAUCAGGACGACUACCUGGUGGAGGCGAUGGUUUGCACGCUGGACGUGACCUCGGGCAUCUCCUUCCGGAACAACGCGUUCCCGGAGCUGAUCGCGAUGCUCAACCCGGUGUACACGUUAAUCGAGUUCUCCAAUUUGGGGCCGAACAUAACGGACCUGUUUCUCGAUCUGCUCAUCAACACGGAAACGUGUUUUUUGCUGUUUCUGCUGCGCUUUCUGAAGUACAUCCGGCAGAACUGGGCGAUUUUCACGCAGAGCUGCUACAAUUACUAUCGGCACAAUAGCUACAGCAAUGCGGCGACGUUGUUGCAACAACGGUUACGAGCCGACACCGAAAGUGACGCUGGCGUUGCAGGAGCCGGCGUUGGUGCGGUUGGUGGUGAGCAUUCAGGAUCGGUGGCCGCCGUGCCAGGAGCGAAUGCAAACGUUAUCCUGGACAGCGUCAUGACUGUGCUUAUUAGCUUGCGCAUGCAAAUCAGCCGGCUCGUGGCGGACACACUGUUUCCGUACAACAUUACGCCGAUUUUGAGAUUGAUCGAACACUGCGAGAGCCUGUACGAGGGUAACGAGCUGAGCUGA